AUGUUUCUAAAUAAUGUUUCAGUGGAUUUGAUUAGGAGUAUUACUUCUAUUUCUCUAACAUCUUUGUCUUUAAUGAUGCACAAAUUUAAUAGAAAGUCCAUAUUUAGUAAUUAUAUUAAAAACUUGUCUUUAGGAGGAGAAGGUAAGAUUAUUGAAAUAGAUGAAAGCAAAUUUGAAAAGCGAAAGUAUAAUAGAGAGCAUUCUGUUGGGGGAAUCUGGGUUUUUGGUGCUGUAGAACGGGUUACAAGGAACAUACUAUUAUUUCCGGUUGAAAGAAGAAGUAGGGAAGUUUUAGAAGAGAUUAUUUUUAGGUCAAUAGACAAAAAUUUUAUUGUGUAUUUUGACUGUUGGAAAUCCUACAGAAAUCUAGGCAAUCAUUUUUAUAAACAUUGUACUGUAAAUCAUUCAAAAGAAUUUGUUAGAUAUAGCGCAGAUGGUAGCAUACAUACAAAUACCAUCGAAGAAAAUUGGUCUGCUGUAAAGAGAAAAGUUCUUGUAAAAUGUAGAACAUCUAGGUUAAUUGAUCUCCAUCUUUUAAGAUUUAUGCUAUAUAGCAACGAAAAAUGUUUUAAAUUGUCUAAAUUACUAGUAAAUUCUCUUUUUCAUGAUUAUAAAAAAGAUGAACAAUAA